UCAGACGGCAACUUCAGUUGCAAGCGAGCGCUCAGCGUGUGUGUCUCGUGUCUCUCGGGCGGCAAACAGCAACAGCAGUAGCAACUUGCAACUUGCAACAGCAGCAACGUGCCACAGCCAGCAGCAACUAGCAACAUAAAUUGCGUGUUUCUUGACUUUGACUUUGGGCCACACAACGGUUUCGAGUUUGAGUUUCCCGCGCGCGUUUUUCUCAAAUCAUUUGGUCGACGGUUGAGUGUUUUGUUUUGGUUUUCGAUUGUGUUGCCUUGUCACGUGCCCAUUUGUUUAUUUGUUUUUUGUUGCUGUGUGUUGUGUGGUGUCGAGCAUUAAAUCAGCGUCCAAAAGAACAGCCAGGCCACCGUGCAGCAUUUGCUGGACUUCUUUUGAAAUUGAAAACCGAAAUUCGUUUUCAAAGCGGCAUUAGAUGGACUUCCCAAAAAGCGCUAGUUACAACUGAAUCCAGUUUCAACAUUCAUUGCAACCGAAGGAAAGUGCAACGUUUGUGGGACUGGAGCAAAACACUUGCAACUGGUGGAGGCGAGAAACCGAAAGCAGAAACCAGAGACAGGAAAACACGGCGGCAACCAAAGUGUUGCAUACUUGGCACAAAUAGAAUAGCGUGAGCGAGGAUACGGAUACGAAUAUACGUAGAUACAGAUACAUAUCCGCCACUCCAUAGACGCAGAGGAGCGGCAACAUGCCGUCGUCAGCAAUAAAUAAAGCAGCACGCAGUGUUGCCAAUGCGAUCCAAUUGCUGGCAAUCGUUCUCUAUUGCUGCUGCAUGGUGCAUGGACAACAGCAGCAGCAGCAGCAACAGCAACAGCAGCAGCAGCUACAACCACAACAGCAGCAACACUUGAAGUACCAGCAAUUGCAAUACCAAAUGCAGCAGCAAUAUGAAUACCAGCAGCAGCAGCACUACCAGCAGCAGUUUCAGCAGCAGCAGCAGCAACAUCUGACACCCACGGCAGCACUUGCCCAGCAGCAGCAGCCGCAUGAGGAGCAAAUCGACUUGCUGUCCACUCAGCCAACUCAGUUGCUGCAGACAGGUGUUUCCCUGAUUGUGGAGGAUUCAAAGGGCUCGGGCGAUGGUAGCGGAAGUGGAAUUGGUGCCACAUCCAACCGCCGUCGUACCGCCCAGUUGGCAACUCGUAAGCGGAAACGACGCCCCCAACUUCCGCUGGCCACAAUGGGUGCCACCGAGGAGGAUUCUGGCCCAGACCCGACAUCUGCUUACUGGCGCGGUCAUGUGGAGGAUGAUGCAGACGCUCUGCGAAGAAGGAAUCAACCCUUGGUGAGGGAACCUAUGGCUGCCCUCGAAAGGGAUCGCGAACGGGAGAAACAGCGUAAGCGAGUGGAGCCUACGGAUUCCAGUCCGCAGGGCAGUAGUCCCAGCAAGGCCUAUCGUCGCCCAUAUGGCCAGGCCAAAAAGGAGCCCAUUGUCGAUGCUGGCGCUGCGACACCUACCAAAACUUCUGUGGAUUUGAAGAACAUCCUGAAGAAUUCCGGAGGCCUGAGUCUCAGUGAAAUCCUACAGCAAAAGAAUCUUUCGUUGGACGAUCUCCUCAAGGGUAAACAGAAUGCUCUGUUGGCACUGCAAACCACAGCCGUUGCCCCACCAGCCUCCACGUAUUCCUCUCCAGGCUCCCGAGCGGAUCCCCCGAAAAAGUCGUCUAACCAACAGAACAAACAGGGUGUGCGGCGAUUGCCUGCUGCGUAUACCACAACUAGCAGCACUGGCAACGAUGACGAUGAAUCCGUGAUAGCCAAAAACAAGGCCAAAUUCCCCAACGCCCUGCAGCGCCUGAAGCUCUUUGGCAGCUCUUCGCGGGAGAGCAGCACGACAAGACGCAUUUUGGGUGGAGUCAAUGGUCACAGUAGCACCACCAUGGCCACCAGCACCAGUGCAAGUGCAAGCACCACCAGCACCACCACCCGGGUGCCACUGUACAAGAAGCGACAGCAUCUCCGGUCCACCCUAAAGCCACCAGGACUUUUCAAGCCGAUCACUAGCAGCACCACUAGCACCACCACAGCGACGGCAGUGACCACCACUCAGGAAGCGGAGACUAGCACCGCUUACUCCACUAGCAGCACGGUGAUUAACAACGUGGAGGAAAGCCAUGAAGAGGAGAGGGAAAACUCGGAGGAAAGGGAACAGGAUGAUGAGCAGGAUCAGGAACAGAGUCAGGAGAAUCAGGAGAACCAGGAGGUGGUGGAACCAGAUUCCAGUGAGGCAGAGUCUGGAGAAGGCAUUCCGCCCACCGAGACACCAGAACCACCAGCUGCUCCUUCCUUCGCGCCCGGAAGUCCGCGCUAUCGUCUGCGAAACUCCAGCGUCAAAGAGAAUCAAAAGCGAUUAAAGGACAACUUUAUAGGGGGCAAUAACGGAGAGAGUAGUGAGGAGGUAGAUCUGGUUGAAGCUGCACCUAGUUCUACCACAUCAGCUACACCCUCCAACAAAAACAGCGAGGAACUUAAUUACGGAGAGGACGAGCUUGAGAACUUUUUCGACGAAGUGGAGAGUCACACGCAUCACACUCGCGUGCCAGCACCACCAGCACUUGCGCCUGCACCACCAGCAAGGUCGCCCACUCCUGCAGCAGCAGCACCACCUCCACCACCACCUCCCUCUCCCUCCUAUGAACCACCACCGCCGUCCUAUGCACCACCACCCUCUUUAUCGGCGGCUAAGCCACCGCAAUUGAAUGUCAUAGACGAUGUGGACGACCGCACCGAUCUGCUGGAACUCAUUGAGGAUCGGCGGUCGGGUAACCGACUAUUUAAGGUUCUGGAGCAGCGCAACAUGACCCUGGAGGAGCUGAUCGAGCACCGCAAACGCGGCUCCAGCCAACUGCAUCUGUCCACCAUCGUGAAUGGCGGCGAUGAGCACUCGCGUCUUUAUCCCGGCCAGAAGGUCCUGCUGCAGGACAACAUGGACAUUGUCACGGCCUUCGAGAACUUUCCGCACUUCAAUCUAAUGGAUCUGAAGAGCGUCAAGCCCGAUGAGAUCAAGACCGACUCGCAGGGCUCCAGCUACUUCACCUCCAUCAUCGAUAUCGAGCCGAAUGACGAGGUCAAACCGAUGGGAAGUCGAGGUCCCGCCUACGCACAGACAUCUUCCUCAUCGGCGACCAUUGGAGCCGGAACUGGAACUAUUUCGAUCAAUUCGCGCGGGGAGAAGUCGCUGGGAUUCUUCCCGUCGUGGAAGACCCUGGCACUCGCCUCCUUGGCCACGGCCACCGAGGAGAGGAAUCCUUAUUUCCUGCCACCGCCUAGACUGCUGCUCGACGGAAGUUCCCAGGAGGCGGACUCCAACGCCGAUUCGGAGCCCACCAGCAUUGACAUUGAUCUGAGCGUGAGCCCUUAUGGCGGCAACUCCUCCUCGAUAGCGGACAACAGCCAGCUGCCGCCGAAUAACGAUGUCAUCGAUGAGAUCGAAAACGAGGUGGCGCGGGCACACGAUCUCCUGGAUCUAGAGCUCUCCGGUCCCGGAUUUCAUCGCAGUCCUGCUGCAGCGGCGGCCACAUCCGCCGUAUCGCAGCAGCAUUUGAGCAGCUUGUACGCCAGCAUGCCAUCCGGAAUCAAGUCCGCGAUUGUGGCCAGCACGGCGAUAGUGGUCACCGCCUUGGCCACCUUCCUGGUCAUCUUCGUCGUGUGCCGAUGGAAACAGCAGCGCAGGAGGAAGAGCAGCUACCUGCGCACCUACAAUGCGAUGAAGAGCAAGCUGCCGCAGAUGGCGCAGCCAUCGCGUCGUUCCUCGAUGCGCCAGCACAUGGAAGAGCUGGUCAUUGGAUCCAGUUCGGGAUCAGGGGCUGGAUCAGGAUCAGGAUCGGGCUCAAAGACGGGCAUAGCCAGCAUCUCCACUUCGGUGGCCUGUUGCACGCCCGUCCAUCAGCUGCAGCGGCAGAGUUCCCUGCUUUUUGCCCGCGAUGGAUCCGCCACCUUGAGCACCGCCACCUCGCUGACCACGAAUAGUACCACGAAUACCAUUACAACGGGGGCGCAACCACCUGCUCCACCGGAGGCGCUGAGUGGGCGUGGCCUGGCCAUUUCGCUGAGAAGUGCCCAACAGAAGCUAAACACCAUGGAUCCCAGUUCGCCGGAGGUGCAGGAAUAUCUAUUCGACACGCUGCGCAAAUCCUUCGACAAUUAGGCGAUAGGCAGUAGGCUCCUCUAGUAACAAUAGACCGUUGUUUAGGCCAAGUUUUAUAUAAAUGUACACUUAACACACACACACACAAGGACAUCCCCCCAACACACACAAACACACACACUCUAACGCGAAGGAGCAAAAGUUAGUCGAUUAAUUAGUUUAAGCAGGUAGGAUGUGGAAUUUUUUUGAACUCGAUUAGAGGAACAUUCUGUGAGAGAAAGUAAAACUAACAAAAACCAACCUAGAAAACACAUUUAGACAGUGCGUGGCAUGGCCAUAAGGCGCUUUGUAAGGAAAGGUUUAAAAAGAUUGUGCAGACAUACAGUUUAAAAAAACAGUGUUCAUUUUCAAAUAUUUCAAUAUUUUAUAAAUUUGUCUACGUGAUUUUCAUGACAGAUUGGAAUGUAAACUGUAUAGUCCAUUUUAUGAUAUUUAUUUUUACUUUAUUUAUUUUCUACUUCAUUUGUAUCGUUGUAGACCGCAAAACCUAAUUCAAUUCGCCCUACGUUUAUGGCGCGCACUGUUGCUAGUCUCUAAGCUCGGCAAACUAUCGUUUCCAACUAUCUAGACCUAGUGUACGAGUAUGAUCCAUCAACUAACGCGACUCUAUCAACUAAAUCAUAGGACACUGCAUUCAAAUGGGUUUCUUAGCACGAGAUAAAGACAAAAACUAACUUAAAUACAGAACAGCAGAACAGGAUCUUAGCCAAACAAAGUACAGUUGUGUUCAGACACUUUCCCGAAAAAAGCCCAAAUCGAAUAAAUAUUGAAAUUCGAGAAAGCAAAAUAAAACCAUUUAUGAGGACAAUAAAUAUUAACGAGGAAAUUACGAGAGAAAAAAAACAAAAGAAAAUGAUGAGGAAUACUGUGUUCGAUACGAUUUAACCGAAGCAAACUUCUUUCUGGCACUGACUAAAAUACCAAAAUUAAAUUGAAAUUAGAUCAAGGCAAGGCAUAAAUGGGCGCUAUGUGGGCGUGGUCAUUAGCACAACAAUACCAACAGCAAGAACAACACUAAUAGUUAAAAUGCGCAAAAUGUACUGCAAAAACCAAGAAGUGAAAAUAGAAGAAACACCUGUAUUUAUUUCGUAGUGCAGGCACUUUAUUUUUGAUUUGAUUUUCGUUACCACCCCCGCCCCUCUCACUAGGCAGUAGAACAUCUGGCGACAGUAUAUAUAUAUAUAUUUAUAUAUAUAAAUAUAAUUAUACAUUUAAGCACGCUCAAAUAUGUAUGUAAAUAAGUUUCAAUUUGAUUUUUUUGAGAAAUAAAAUGUAGAACAAAUUGUGGCAAA